ACACUCACCAAUCCUAAGAAAAAAUUAUUGAAAAACCAGCUCUUCCAUUAUUCUUUUCGUAACUGAUACACAUGAGCAUCAUUGACUAGUACAAUGGUAACCGCAGCAAUUAGGUAACUGGCUAACAGCUCCAUGGAAGAAGGUAACACUUGGAACAAAAGCAAAGGCUCAUUCCUUCUCAAGAAAAUAUUAAAGCUUCAUAAUUACACACGUAUUGUCAUAGAAAACCCAACCAAUACCUUGCAAGGAACAGAUGCAAUCUUCACAGUGCGCCACUAAAAGGAAGAGGCAAGGGACAAAAAAUGCCCUCAGAAGUACCUCAUUACCGUUCCCUAACAACUCCUCUUGUUAAGUUUUCACCUCCAAGCUCACCUGAAGCAUAUACCUAUCUGCCUGUUGGCCACAAAUCUCUCGGAGGAAAUAAAACUACAAAAAUAACUGGAAAAUAAGUCAUACCUUUCCUUGUUUUCAUUUUAUCACCCAUCUCCAUCCUUAGACUUCUUAGACUUGCAACCACAUCUUCUACUCCAUUGCCUGCCUUUCCUCUAACUCUGCAUGAGACAUGUUAUUCUGCGUCUCCAGAAUGCACCAACGUUUCAUCAAAUAUGGCUAGCAGCCCAGCCACUCAACAUAAAAUCUCUGCCAAUGCAACCAUUCUCACGAAAAAGGAAUUUAAGCGUCUAUCUAAUCUCAUUAGGCAUAAGGCCCCCCGCAACCUACUUAUUUUUGGGCUGGAGCCCCAGUACCUAAAACUCUCCUCAAUCAACUCAGGCGGCAUCACUGUCCUUCUAGAGGACAAUCCUGACAGGAUAAGUGCGAUCAGAGCAAAAUCCAACAGUACUCGAAUCUACAAAGUUGAAUACCAUAUACCUGCAAAGAAAGCUUGCAAACUGCUCAAGCAUGCAAGGAAAAGUCCAGUUUGUGCACCCCGCUCAGGAAGGUUUCCAAAUUCAGCAUGCAGACUUGCUUUAACAAAUUUACCACCAGAAGCAUAUGAGCAGAAAUGGGAUGUGGUGGUGGUGAAUGGACCAAGCGGACACUUACCAGCGGCCCCAGGCAGGAUGGCUACAAUCUACACAGCUAGUAUAAUAACAAAAGCUCGAAAUACAACAGAUGCACUAGUACAUGAUGUAGAUCAAACAAUUGAGAAGUCGUUUUCCUGGGAUUCCCUGUGUGAUGAGAACUUAGUUUCAUCAAAGGGUAAGCUUUGGAAUUUUGAGAUCACAGGUAAAUCAGAUUCUACAAGGUUUUGCAGAAACUGAAGGCGAUCUGAGGUGAAUGCAUAAAGAAUCAAGUUCCAUCAUGUCAUGACCAUUCUCUGCUGUGCCCAAGUGCAUCACCAAAAACAUGUAUUCAGAUGCCACAAAUUUUUUCACACACCAGCCAUGGUCACGUCAAUCAAGGGACACAACCGCACAAUAUCAAAUCACUGCCAUGCAUUAGAGAACAAUUCCAAGAACAAAGUGGAAAGUAUAUAACUAUGUAUACAUAAUCGUGUAAAUAUAUAAAGAAAAAUACUUUCAGCCUUGAACCAUAUGCUGCUUCAUUAUUUUUACUGAGUUGAUUUAUGCAGAGAGUAGAAGCACUGAGAAUUGCACAUUGUUAA